CGCAAUACUGGUAGCGAAACCCAUUUAUCAAGUUAAGGCAUAUACACUCAGCUUAGAACAAUAUUUUUAUGAUAUGACUAACCGCUGUAAACCUCCGGUUACUCAAACGGAAAUACUCAUGUGUUCCAGUUUCAUCUAAUUAUUUAAUCAGAAAUGUUCAUUUAAUUGUACUUUGAUAGUGCUGAUCAUUUUACACAUCGUAGACCAAAGCAUUCUGGAAAUUAGAAAAAGUAGUUUUGUUGCAAGAAACAGCUUUUCGUUAUUUACAAUCUAGUUACAACAAAAGCUUUAUUUAUCGACUUAUGUAAAAUAUAUUUUGGACAAUUUUUUUUUUCGUACUUUGAUGAUCUCAUCUCGAUAAUAACAAAAAUGUACAACUAACUAACUAACUAACCAUUCAACCACUUGCUUAUAAUCUAAUCUCAUUUAGUAAUAUAUUAGUGAUUUUACUUAAUAAAGGUGGUUAGAUAAAGUUACUUAUUUAAUUCAUAUUCUCAUUUGCAUGAAUGAAAAACAUUUACACUUUUCUUGAUCAGCAUAUUCACUCGAAUAAAAUACACUAAGAAAUUAAUUCAAAAUAUAUGUUCACUUUCAAAUUGCUCCAGCAUGAACAUUGACUUAUAUAUAAAUGAGAGAAAAUACUGAAUAUAUUGUAAAAUAAUUUUAUAAUGUCUCUAACUAAUUCUGAUAAAACUUCGUUUCGUAAUCAAAAUACAAUCAUUAUCAUCACUACAAUUGUUGUGGAUUUCCUCAUUGCAAAUAUACAAUGUUCUUCAGUAAAUUAUGAUGGUGAUAUUAAAUUGGUCGAUGGUCCAAGUGAACAAACUGGUACUGUACUAGUUUAUAGAACGUAUGGUUGGGGCAAAGUAUGUGAUGAUCACUGGACAAUGAAAGAAGCAAAUGUUGUUUGUAGACAAUUGGGAAUGGGUCACGCUCUUGAAGUACACAGACGUAACAGAUUCGGAUCAAACUCUCAAGCAAAUUAUUUAAUGGAUGAAGUUCAUUGUACUGGUAGUGAAAAACGUCUAACUGAUUGUAGAUUUAACGGUUGGGGUGUACAUGAUUGUCGAGUUAAUGAAGAAGCUGGUGUAAAAUGUGCUCAAAAAGCUGUAAUAAUAAAUAAGCCUUUAUGGAAUCCGCUUAAAUUGAAAUUUACUCAGUUGGAGUUAGAAAAAAUGUCCAAAAUAAAAUUCAAAGUGAUCAGUCAACAAUUGAACUUGAAUCACCAUCCACAAUCAUCUAUAUUCAUUCCAGUUUUAAUUGAAACAGAAAAUGGAACAAAGGGAACAGUAUGUUCAGAUCAUUUCCAUGCAGCUGAAGCAAUUGUAUUUUGUCAUCAAUUAAAUGCUGGUCGUGGAGGUAGAGUUAUCGCGAUGCCGAUCGAACAAACUGGAAUUAAUACCACUAAUCCAAUUGCUAUACUUGGGUAUUGUUAUGGGAAUGAGACCGAUUUAAAGUAUUGUAAAAGUUAUAUCGAUUACAAUGGUAUUUCAUGUCAGUCAAAAUUAGCAGCAGCUGUUGAAUGUACAAAUAAUCUACCGGAUUUAUCACCUGAUCGCUACAGUUUAGAAACAUCUGCGUAUAUUCAGAAAAUGAGUCUUUGGUUAUUAGAAUGUGCUCUUGAAGAAAAUUGCUUGCCAGAUAUUGUGUACAGAAUUAUUGAUAAUAAUCCAUAUAACUAUACAUGGAUGACCAGAACCCUGAUGAGAUUCUCAUCAAUUAUUGAAAACUCUGGAAAUGAGGUUUUUCGACCCCUAGAAGAUCCAGAUAAUUGGGAAUGGCAUGCAUGCCAUAUGCAUUAUCAUAGCAUGAAAGUAUUUUCACGUUACGAAGUUGUGGAUACAGAAAAGAGGCUAGUAGCUGUUGGGCAUAAAUCAAGCUUUUGUUUGGAAGAUAAUGUGUGCAAAUCUGGAGUAGCACCUAAGUUCCGUUGUAGUAAUGUAGUCGAUAGUAAAGGAACACAAGGUAUAAGUCCAGGAUGUCGAGAUAUGUAUUUACAUGAUUAUGAUUGCCAAUGGGUUGAUAUAACUGACAUUGCUCCAGGGCAGUACACAUUCCAAGUUUCAUUUAAUCCUGACUUCCUGGUGCCAGAAUCCAAUUUUUUUAACAACGCAUUGACAUGUCAAAUGACACAUCUAGGGUAUACUGCUGUCUUAAGACAAUGUCGAUUUAUUCAUUUAAAUGAUCUAUUUUGAAUCUUCUAAUCUUUUAAGUAACAAUUUCUUCCAAUUCAGUUAUUUAAUAUAUUGGAAUCAAUUGUAAAUUGUUGGUGUUUAUAAAUAAACAACCUCUACUACUUGUAAAUCAUACGCACCGGUAAUUAUUUUUCAACACAUGCACACAUUGUGGAAGUAAAACAAUUUUUAGGUACAAACUGUAAACCAUAUCAACAAAAUUUUGAAAAAUAGAAAUGACAUGAAGGUUUACAUCAAAUAGACGAUUUUGGUCGGUAUUGAAGUUGGACGCGUAAACCGACGGAUGCUAACUCAAUGAUUCAAAGAUAAGUGACUCACACUGGGACUUGAAAAGCCUGGUCUCGGUUACGCAUGGCGACGAGCUCCAUUCGGGAGCGAAACAAUUGUUAUUUUUAUAUUUUCUCUAUGAUUGACUAUGAUAAGUAAGUAGUAUAAGGUAAGCAAUAAUAGACAGCUACAACAUUUUGUCACCACCAAAGCAGAAAAUCGACUAUGAUCUAACUGUACAAACUUGACGUCUGAUAUUACACCUUAGAAAAUGACUUCUCAGUUGACUGAAAAGCAGAAACAUUACUACUUGAGGAGGACUACCAAUCAAAAUGUUCAAAUCCACAGCGAACUUAAAAUGGAUAGUUUAAUGUAUUUAUUUCAUACAGUGGGUAUUGUCAAUGUUAGUAAAUUUACCGAAAAAAAGAUGACGGAGAAAAAAAAGAAUUACAUUCUUUACAAUGACUUAAUACUUUUACAACCUACGUAUUUCACGUACUUGACAUAGGUUGCUUACAGUAGUAGUUCACUUUAAAAGUCAUGAAUGAAAGCAAACUGAAAUAAACUAAUGUUAAUCAAGCGUUAACUUAAA